AUGCAGCUGACCAACCUCUUCUGUCUCGCCAGUGUCCUGACAUCCGUGUCAGCAGUGACCGUAUCCUACGAUCCAGGCUAUGGAGAAGCUGGUCGUGCCAUGACAUCCGUCGCCUGCUCCGACGGUUCAAACGGUCUCAUCACACGCUACAAGUGGCAGACUCAAGGCCAGAUUCCCAAGUUCCCCUACAUCGGCGGCGCGCAGGCCAUCGCUGGAUGGAACUCCAAGAGCUGUGGUACAUGCUGGAAGCUUACCUACAAGGGCAAGAGCAUCAAUGUCUUGGCCAUUGACCAUACGGAUGCUGGCUUCAACAUUUCUCCUGCGGCGAUGAAUGCUCUUACCAACAACCAGGCUGUUAAGCUUGGCCGGGUUGAUGCGACUGCUACUCAGGUAGCUGUUACCAACUGUGGUUUGAAGAAGUAG